AUCUCUAACCCCACUUACCUUUCUCUCUUCCUAAUAUUACUCUUUGUAGCGAGUAGUGGCCAAAAUCCCAUCUCCCAAAGCUUACUUUGUGUUGUGUCCUCAUGAAACCGGCAUGGUUGGAUGCGCUUUACGCAGAGAAGUUCUUUGUUGGAUGUCCGUACCAUGAGACGGCAAAAAAGAACGAGAAGAACGUGUGUUGUCUUGAUUGUUGCAUCAGCCUCUGCCCUCACUGUGUACCCUCACAUAGAUAUCAUAGACUCCUCCAAGUUCGCCGCUAUGUAUAUCACGAUGUUGUUAGGCUUGAAGAUCUUCAGAAACUCAUUGACUGCUCUAACGUUCAAGCUUAUACAAUAAAUAGUGCAAAAGUUGUUUUCAUCAAGAAAAGACCACAGAAUAGACAAUUCAAAGGAGCUGGCAACUAUUGCACUUCAUGUGACCGAAGUCUUCAAGAACCCUUUAUCCAUUGCUCCUUGGGUUGUAAGGUGGACUUCGUGAUGAAACGUUACAGGGACAUAACUCCAUUCCUAAAGCCAUGUCACACUCUAACCCUAGGUCCUGACUACAUCAUCCCACAAGACUUACCCGCGGAUGAUGACGUGAAUGCCUACGAGACUCCCCGGUCUACGGUGGUCGACGGUGAUGAGUCCAUGAGCUGGUCAUCGACUUCCUCCGAUCUACGAGACGCUGCAACCACCACCCACGUCGUGAGGAAAAAGCGGACCGGUUUAUGCUUCUGUACCAAAUCCGCUAAUAGUUAUAAAGUAAUUUCUGAUGAUCCUGACGAUAUUUCCACUUGCAUCAAUCGGCGCAAAGGCAUUCCUCAACGAUCUCCUCUCUGUUAACUUUCUCUUUUGAUUUUCAUUUUGUUUUUAGUUUAUUUUCACCAUAUAGUGUUAUAUGUUACAUGUAUGGAUUGUUGUCUUUCUAUCUAAUAAACUUUAUAGUAAAUCAUUACGUAGAGGUCAAUAAUUUAGCAUACCUUACAAGAAAAUAAAAUGUGAGAAA